AUCGUGGUACGGGGCAUGAUGCAAGCUCGCAUAUAUCAUGGUAAGAAGGCACAUGCUCGCGAGUGCAAGUGCAAGAGGUGCCUCAAUCUCGGUUGCGUCACGUUGUGCUGCGGCUGUCACUGCGCGUGUAAAAGAACUACGGAUUAUCCAAAUCAAAACGUGAUCACUUACUGAAGAAAUGGGGGAGGUCACCAGCUUGAGAGCCAUGCCGAAGGUGGUGAUGCUGCUCUGCCUGCUGGCCGGAGCUCACCAGGCUUCAGCGGGUUGUAAACAUUGCUCACAGACCGUAGGCAAGGAAGAGAAGGCCAUGUUCCGCACCCACUCGGACGCCUGCUUGGCCACGUCCAAAGUGGACCCCGCGCAAGUGGAUGCUCUGAGUCGUGGGGAAUUCCUGGACACACCCCAGCUGAGGGCGCACGUGCACUGCGUGCUGAUGAAGUGUAAGGUGGUCGGCAAAGACGGCAAGCUGCAGAAAACGGCCGUCCUUGACAAGCUCGCUGUGCGUGGGAACGGAAAGGAUGUUGCUAAGAUCCUGGAGAACUGCGCCGAGCACCAGUAUGGUGACACGCCGGAGGACCUGACCUGGAACCUAUUCCGAUGCGCCUACAACAAGAAAGCUAUUCUCUUCGACUACAUGCCCAACGCAAUGAGCACUCUGCAAGCAUAGCGCCAUUUGCUAAAUAGUACACAAAAGACAUCGU